AUGGGACAGCAUUACAAAGAAGUCUCGGAAGAAGCGCUCAGGCGUAGAGAAGCCGCAAUUCCAAAAGAAUAUCUCCUUCCAGAACAAUCCCUUUCCAAUCUCCCGCGAAACCUUACAACGGUCCCUAAACAGUCUGGACAUUUCACUGCAGAAGAACUUGAGAUCAUCGAAUCAAACGCAGAAGAUAUUCUGCUUAAGAUCAAAAACAAGAUAUGGACAUCCUUGGAAGUUACCAAGGCAUUCUGCAAGGCCUCCAUGGUGGCACAGCAACUGACAAACUGCAUAACGGAGAUCCUCUUCAAAGAAGCAUUUGAUCGGGCCAAAUUCCUCGAUGACCACCUCGAGAAAACAGGCCAGGUGAUCGGACCCCUCCACGGGUUGCCCAUCUCCCUCAAAGAUUGCAUGAUCACGCCCCCGCACCCUUCGUCCAUCGGGAUGUCAUGUUAUGCAAACCAACCCACUGCACCUGAGCAAGAGACUAUUCUUGUGGGCAUCCUAGCCAAGCUCGGAGCUGUGUUCUAUGUUAAAACUACGGUUCCUACUGCUAUGAUGAUGAUGGAGACUAUCUCCAACGUGUGGGGUGAAACCACGGGUGCUUACCACAGCGGGACGUCGUCGGGAGGCAGCAGUGGAGGCGAAGGUGUACUUUUGGCAAUGAGAGGCAGCCCGUUGGGAGUGGGCACUGAUAUUGGAGGAAGUAUCAGAAUCCCCAGUGCUUUCAACCAUCUUUAUGGUUUGAAGCCCACGUUUGGACGAUUCCCCGUCUACGGCACAAAAUCUGGCAUCUCAGGCCAAGAUUUCAUCUUCUCAAACAACGGCCCAAUGUCUCGAUCCCUCGAAGCCAUCAAGCUCUACUGCAAAGCUAUUCUCUCCCAGGAAAUCUCCCCUUGGCACCUUGAUCCGAAGUGCCUCGCGGUACCAUGGCGAGGCGACAUGAUCGCGCCCAAGGGACGAAAGCUCCGCUUCGGAAUCAUCUCCGACAACGAUGGCGAGAUCAGUGUUCACCCGCCCAUCGUGCGCGGUCUAGCGAUGACAAGAAAGGCCCUCGAAGCAGCAGGUCACGAGGUGUUCGAGUGGGCUCCUGAAGACCAUCCCCAGAUGACUGAGGAUAUGAACUCUUCAUUCCAUGCGCUCGGUGGCGCGGCUAUCUUGGAGCUGACGAAAGAGCAUAGUGAGCCUGUGUUUGGAUCCAUGAAGGAAUAUGAAUCCGCGUACGAUAAGGGCGAGCAUGGGGUUCUUGGCCCGUCGAAGCUGAGGGAGAUGAUUACGAGGAGAAAUGCGUAUCAGAAGGCAUAUUUGGAUCGCUGGAAUGCGACUGCGAAGGAUGGGAAGGAGGCGAUGGAUGGGAUUAUCGUUCCUGCCAGCCCGUGGACUGCGCCGCGAUUGGGGUUCACGCAGGAAGUGUUCUGCGUCAAUUACACUGGAGUUUUCAAUAUUCUAGAUUACCCCGUCUGUACAUUCCCCGUAACCUUUGCGGAUAAGAAUAUUGAUAAGCCGCGAGCGGAUUGGAAGCCGUUGAAUGAGAAGGAUGCUGCUUUACAGGCGGAUUACGAUCCGGAGUUUUAUCAUGGCACGUCUGUCACUCUGCAGUGUGUGGGUAGGCGUUUGGAAGAUGAGAAGGUGUUAGAAAUGACAGGGAUCAUCGCGGAGACUCUGAGAGCGUCUUCUUAA